GACCCAGCGCCAGCAGCUCUCCCGUCCCUCCCCUUGCCCGGAUGAAUCCCCACACCAAUUAGUACUCUCGCCACUCCGCCCGCCCCCACCUCCCUCCAGUUCCUUCCCUCCGCCAUUGCCCGCCCGCCCGCACAUGGCCCGCCUUCCGCGCGGAGAGGACGAAUAUCCCGCCGCAGCCGCCGCCGCCGCGUCUCCGCUCCCUCGACCCGCCGCCACGCGCUCCUCCUAAGGUUAGGAGGUUGGGAAUUGCUCAGUCAGCCUUAUACUGAGCAGUGAGCACUGACCGGGGGUUUGUUGUGAUUCUGGUCAACCGUUUGCCCAGUUCAUGUCUUCCAAGCCUGCCUCCCAAAGUAUGCCGGAGCAAGCGGCAAAGCCAAAGGAAAUGGGGGAAGAUGACAGGCAGCGAUCUGCUGCUGAGGAGGUUUCAGGGGAGCCGGACCAGCAGCAAGAAUCUCCAGCUCCUGUGCUGGACAAGGAUGCUCCAGAUCUCUCACCAGACUCUGGGGUCCUGGAUGUGCCUCUAGCCCCAGAGGCAGAGUCUGAUGAGUCAAAGGAGACCAAGAACUCCGAUUCCAACGAGAAUCAAGAAAAGAAGUCUUCGCAAAAGAGUAGUAUCAGUGAUAGCUUUAUUUCAGCUAAAGUGAGUGAUGGGACUAAUAGUCUGGGUAAGACCAGUGGUAGUGCUAAGACCAGUGGUCGAGAUUUCACCGAGAGUGGCAAGAGCAGCAUGUGCCGUGUUAGUGCAAGCAGUGAUUUGAGUGAUGAGAGCUCCUGCAGCAGUAUGAGCAGUGCCACCACAAAGCCGCACAAAGGGAAUGAUUCGAGGUGGGAGGCCAUCCAAGUUGUCAAAUCCAGGGAGGGCGUUCUUGGCCUGAACCAAUUUAGGCUGCUUAAGAAACUGGGUUCUGGUGAUAUCGGAAGUGUGUAUCUCUCUGAAUUGAGUGGUACAAAGAGUCACUUUGCAAUGAAGGUGAUGGAUAAAACAUCUCUGGCUAGUCGGAAGAAGCUGCUCCGGGCGCAGACCGAGCGGGAGAUACUGCAGUCCCUGGAUCAUCCAUUUCUGCCAACCCUAUAUACUCAUUUUGAGACGGACAAGUUUUCGUGUCUGGUUAUGGAGUUCUGCCCUGGCGGGGACUUGCACACCCUUCGACAAAGGCAGCCUGGAAAACAUUUUUCAGAGCAAGCAGCAAAGUUCUAUGUAGCAGAGGUGCUCCUUGCAUUGGAGUACCUGCAUAUGCUUGGGAUUAUAUACCGUGAUCUCAAGCCAGAAAAUGUCCUAGUUCGGGAGGAUGGGCACAUCAUGCUGACUGAUUUUGACCUCUCUCUUCGUUGUUCAGUGAGCCCAACCGUGAUCAGGGGUGCAAAUCCUGGCUUAGACGCGCUGCAGAGGAAUAAUGCAGCGUACUGCGUCCAGCCUGCUUGCAUUCAGCCAUCCUGUGUUGUUCCAACAACAUGCUUUGGUCCUCGAUUCUUCUCGAAAUCCAAGUCCAAGUCAAAGUCCAAGAAGGAGAAGCCAAAGCCGGACAUCGUGAACCAGGUCAACCUAUUCCCUGAGAUGAUCGCCGAGCCAACUGAUGCUCGGUCCAUGUCCUUUGUCGGCACUCACGAGUACCUGGCCCCAGAAAUAGUGAAAGGGGAAGGCCACGGCAGUGCUGUGGAUUGGUGGACCUUCGGCAUAUUCUUGUACGAGCUACUGUUCGGCAAGACCCCUUUCAAGGGUUCAGGCAACCGGGCGACGCUUUUCAACGUCGUCGGUCAGCCCCUGCGGUUCCCAGAGUCCCCUCUAGUGAGCUUCUCGGCAAGGGACAUGAUAAGGGGACUACUGGUCAAGGACCCGCAGCACCGGCUGGGCCACAAGCGCGGAGCCACGGAGAUAAAGCAGCACCCCUUCUUUGAGGGCGUGAACUGGGCCCUGAUAAGAUGCGCGAGCCCUCCAGACAUACCCAAGCCCGUGGAGCUUGACUGCCGCCCGAAGCAGGCCCCGGCGGCAAACGGGAAGGUCGCGCCGGCCUCCAACCAGAAGGGCUCGGACAACUACCUAGAGUUUGAGUUCUUCUAGCCUCUCUUUGGUGGUGCAUUAUGGAUCCUCCGGAACAGCAGCGCAUUUGAGCUGAGGCGCCACAGAAAGAGAAGGAAGAUGUAGAGCUCCCCCUCUUGGCCUGGGAAGGUACUCUCAUUUGUUGUAGAUUGUAUGCUCUUUUCUGGAGCCUCCUCCCCAAGUUUUUCUUCUUUCCUUUUUCUUUUCCGCCAUUGAACUUGUUAGCUCUCUCUUUAGUCAAAUACUCUCUCUAUGCAUGUUAAUUGCGAUUUUCGGAAACCGCAUUGUGGCGGUGCCUCCUGAACGGGUUUGAAGGAGCGCGCCUGUUCAGGCCGUCGAAUGUAACCGCUAUUUGUACCUUGUAACUGAUGUUUCUUCAUCCAAACAUCGCUCACUUCGCGUCGCUUA